CACUAUUGAUUGACAAAUUCCGAUGAAUGGGAUAGAGGCACGACCCAAAAUCACGGCUGGCCGGGAAAUCUCAGAUGGAUGUCAUAGCUAAAGAAAAUCUAACCGGCGUGCUUUUGGCAUUGGUGUCUAGUGGAUUCAUCGGGGCUAGCUUCAUCAUCAAGAAGAAAGGUCUCAAGAAAGCCGGUGCCACCUCCGGUGUUAGAGCAGGUGUUGGUGGGUAUUCUUAUCUCUCAGAGCCUCUAUGGUGGUUUGGCAUGAUUACCAUGAUUGUAGGAGAAGUUGCAAACUUUGUUGCAUAUGCAUUUGCUCCGGCUGUUCUGGUUACUCCACUUGGUGCACUAAGUAUCAUUGUUAGUGCUAUCCUUGCACAUUUCCUCUUGAAUGAGAAGUUGCAUGCUCAAGGAGUUGUGGGUUGUGUAAUGUGCAUUGCUGGAUCCGUUGUAGUUGUGAUUCAUGCACCAGAAGAGCACCCAAUCAAUUCUGUUCUUCAAUUGUGGAAUAUGGCAACUCAACCCGGUUUUUUGUUUUAUGUCGCCUCAGUGAUUGUGUUGGUUUUCAUUCUUGUCUUCCUUUACGCUCCACAAUAUGGGAACUCAAAUGUGUUAGUUUUCACCGGCAUUUGUUCAUUGAUGGGUUCUCUAUCGGUGAUGAGUGUCAAAGCACUUGGAACUGCUUUAAAAUUGACUUUCGAAGGGAAAAAUCAACUGCUUUACUCAGAGACAUGGUUCUUUACAUUCGUUGUGGCCAUAUGUGUCAUCACGCAAAUGAAUUAUCUCAACAAGGCUCUUGAUACAUUCAACACUGCAAUUGUGUCUCCAAUUUAUUAUGUCAUGUUCACUUCACUUACAAUUCUUGCUAGUGUCAUCAUGUUCAAGGAUUGGGCUGACCAGAAUGCAGGAAAUGUGAUAUCAGAAAUAUGUGGCUUCAUUGUAGUACUCUCUGGAACCAUCCUGCUACAUACUACUAAGGACUUCGAAAGGAGUUCAUCAUUUAAAGGUGGCUAUGCAUCAUCAAUCAACUCUGGAGGCUAUGCACCUUUAUCUCCAACAUUAGCUACUCGGCUCUACAAUGGUAGCAGUGAAUUUACCACACAUGAUGAAGAAGAUGCAAUGCUUGCUGACCAGAUAUCCUUGCAAAGACAAGGGUAGCAUUAGAAGCCCCAUGCUUUUGAAGAAGGCUUCAUGCUUUGAUUUAGUUAGAUAUGCAGCAACUACUUGCAAUCCAACGACCUGGAAGUGGCACUGACCUAUCUCUGGAAAUUUUUAGACAAUGCAGAUUAUAUUUGAGGUAAACGUGGUUUAAUCAAGUGAUUGCUUGCCAACUUAGAGUGGUAUGGGUUUAGUAGAUCAAUAGAAGGUUAUCAUCUUCAAAUUUUUUUUUUUUUUUUUUUUGCAUGAUUCCCAUGUGCAGCCGCUGCAAGAUUGUGAUGUCACAAGAAAUAUAGUUCUAUGAUUCGAAUUUGUGAACUUCUGAAGAUGAUGGUGGGGGAGCCCUUACAUUGUUGCUAUAAACUUCCAAAAGAGAAAUGAGAAGCAUGUAAGACAUUGUUGCUUUACCAUCCAGCUUUGCGUGGGAGCUUAUUACAACAUUUGUUUCUCUAAGGUUGGUAGGUUUGACAUUAUCAUUGUUUUGUUGUUAUAAUAUUUGAGUUUGUAUGCAAGCAUUAAUUCCAAAAUUGUAUGACGAGGCCAAGCUGUAGCCUUGUUUGAAAAGUCGAUCAUAAGUGCGACAUUUAUCAUUUUACAAACUUUGGUACUCCAAUUAUGUAAUACCUCUUGAGAACAAAUUCUUAAAUGUCCC